UCGCGUCCCGAGGUCGCCAUCUUAGGUGUGGCGCGCACCCCUCGGACAUUGGUCCAGAGUUCACUUUCUUCAACCCGAUUCUGUUCCUUUGAUCUGCUUUUUUACUUCGUAUUUUAGCCCCAUCGUCUUAACUCUGCUCCCAUUUUAAGGUUGGAGGGGUUGUUAGCAGCGACAAGCGUUUAGCCUCCUUUGCAUUGAUUUACCUACCUGUUUUCCUCCCUCCCUCUAAAUUGUAUUUUAAUUAGUUUUGUUCUUAUAUUCUUUUAUUGGCUUCGUUGUAAGCUACCUCUCGCGCAGGCAAGGUAGGAUACAGUGACCCAGGUGGUUUUGUAUAAGGAAGAUGCCUCCCAAAAUUCAAGACAAGGGUUUGAAUCCUGCCAUGGCGGCCUGCGUCCUGGGGAUCGACUUGGGCACUUCAUCGGUGAAAACCAUCCUGCUGCAAGAGAUGGAGCAGGGACCCACUGUGAUCGCAAGCUGCGCCAGGGAAACCCAGGCUCAGGUGGAGAGCCCCAGUGCCGGGCCACAGGGGAACGAGCAAGAUGUCCGCAAAAUUGUCGCGGCCUUGAAUGACUGCCUCGCCGGUCUCCCCCAGGAACUCCUGGGAAGGGUUUGCCGCAUUGGCGUUACCGGACAAAUGCACGGAGUCGUGUUUUGGAAAACAGGUCAAGGUUGCAAGUGGAUCGAAAGCGGGCACGGGCGGACGUUUGAGCCUGAAGAGGUCAGUCACCUGAUCACAUGGCAAGAUGGCCGCUGCAGCAGCCCCUUUCUGUCCUCACUGCCUCAGCCGCAGUCGCACCUCAGCGUGGCCACGGGCUUCGGCUGCGCCACAAUCUACUGGUACUUGAAAAACAGCCCAGAUUUCCUGAAGCGUUAUGAUGCUGCCGGCACCAUCCAAGACUACGUUGUGGCCAUGCUGUGUGGCCAGGAAAGGCCACAGAUGUCUGUCCAGAACGCAGCCAGCUGGGGCUACUUCAACACCACAAGCAAAAGCUGGAAUAUGGACAUCCUGAAAGAGUCCCACUUCCCCAUCCGCCUGCUUCCUGAAGUGGUCCAGCCGGGAGAACUGGCCGGGGAGACCGCCUGCGUGUGGCACCAGGUACCAAAGGGGACGGAAGUCGGGGCUGCAUUGGGGGACUUCCAGUGCUCGGUGUUCUCCUGCAUGUCCGACAGCACAAGUGCAGUCCUCAACAUCAGUACUUCUGCGCAACUCACCCUCCUGAUGCCUUCGGGCUUCCAGCUGGCUGAUUCCCCGAACCCUCGUUCCCCGUUGGCCUACUACCCGUACUUCAACAACACCUACCUGGUGGUGGCUGCUUCCCUCAACGGCGGCAACGUGGUGGCGACAUUCGUGAACAUGCUCGUGCGGUGGAUGGCUGAGCUGGGACUCCAAGUCCCAGAAUCGGAUCUCUACCCGCGUAUAAUCAGCGCUGCCUUGGCCCAAACGGACACCGACCUCAACAUCUGCCCCACCAUCUUUGGCGAGAGGCACAUGCCGGAAAGGUUGGCCUCAGUGAUGGGCAUCGCGGCCUCCGACCUCUCCCUGGGCCACGUGACCCGGGCGCUGUGCCACGGCGUGGUCCAGAACCUGCACUCCAUGCUGCCUUCGCAGCACCUGAAGGAAGCCGGGGUCACGCGGAUCCUGGCCAGCGGGAGCGCCCUGGGCAAGAACGAGGUGAUGCGUCAGGAAGUGGAGAAGGCCUAUCCAUUUCCCGUGGUCUAUGGGAGAAAUGUGGAUGCAGCCGUGGGCGCCGCCUUGGCCAUGCUGCGCAGGAAGUGACCUUGGGGCCACAAGAAAGCACUUCCUCUGGAAAGCGGGGUCGUGAACGCAUAGAGGGCCAAAAGUUGCGGGGCAGAGGGAGAAAGGGAAGGCGAGAGAGUAGGCACCCCCUACCCCGGAAUAAAAAUGCAGUGGAUUCAGAACGAUCCCAUCUGUCUACCCAAAAAUCAGGUCCUUCCUGGAGCUAUCUGCUCCCCGCACAUCCCUGGCAGUAGAGGGGUUAAUGCAGGCCUCAGACACCACUGAAAGUUUUUUUGGGAAGACUUUUGUUGCCCAUUCUGUACCCCCUCCCCUCCAAGUUAUAUACAGGCCGUUCUGUGUUUCCAUUGCAAAAAGGAACCAGAUAUUUAUUCCUCUGUUUUUGCAGUCAUCUGCUAUUCUGUUAUAGGGACAGGGAAGUGAUGCCUUCAGAUCUCGCCAGACUCUUUGUUGGCGCCUGUGAUGGCAGCCAUGGGCCUUUGAGAGUUUCCUUCCUUUUGCAGAUCUUCGGGGUGGAUCAAACCCUGUGCAGCAGUACAUUCUAAAAUUAAAUCUGGGAGGUGGAGAACACCCCCCCACACACCCCGGGUUUGUUAUUCCUCUUGCCUUCGGUAGGUUUUGUGGAGGGGUUUCCCAUACUGAAGAGGAACCCCUCCGCCCUUGCAUACAAGAAGCAUUUCUGCUUCGUAGUGGCUGAAGAUGUCUCAGUGCAACAGGAAUAAGAAAACUCGCCUGUGCUGAUUUUUGUGCUGUUGUCGUCCUUGCCUCUCUCUCCGGGCCACCUGGAGAGUGCUCAUGUCUCUCCAAGUGGGGAGGGAAAAUGGGGCUUGGAGCCACAAUAUGGGGGGAAGGAAGCAGUCAGAUGGAAACAACAGCCCGGAGUGAAGCUGCGUCCGUAAUAACUCAGGGAUGGGGCAUCUAUAGCCCUCCAGUUUGGAUGGCAUUUGGAUACGUACAAAUUUUGAAGCAUAGCUGUGUUUCGGUUCUCAUACCAUUCCAGAAAGUGCGGGUUUGAUUGGUUUCGCAAUAAACGCACACCGAAUCAAAUUGCUCCAUCCCAGGGAGAGACCCGUGGUUUUCUCAGCGCAUCAGUGAUGCAAUCUACUAAUUAACCCUAAACAUUUAAAAGCACCCUUUUCAGUGGCGGAUUGUCAAAACCAGCACCAUGUGUAUGUAAACGUCAGGAUUGAAGUGAGAAAGGUUUUUGCUAAAAGGUCUGGCUCUGAGACCCUUAACAGUUUUCAAGGGGGUCCAUGAAUCUUGUCAACGUACGGAAACAGUUCUAGGUGUAAGAGGCUGGCUGAAGUGUCCUAAAUGAGCAGGUGCCAGUUUUUUAUUUUUGAUAUAUUUAUCAAAUGCAGCGUCCACAGGGUUGCACUUGUUUUAUCUCAAAUCAGAGAAGCACCAAACACAUCGCAAAAUGCAACAGGAACGCUUUUAAGAGUUUAAAGUGGGGGUUGGCACCUUUUGGCCCAGUGGCCAAAUGCAGCCCUCCAGGCCUUUGACAGGCCCUUGGGACUCCCUCCCUAGACCCCACCCCUUCUCUCCCAAGCAACACACCCCACCAGCUCUGCUAUUAACUCUUAAACUUCCUCUCCCCCGCCCCAACUAGAAAUAUGUCCUUGCCCUCUGAUAAUGCCCUCUACUUGCCAGGACGGAGCAUAGAUUGAGGUGGGGGUGGUUGUAGAAACUAGCCAUCUGUACAAAGGUGACAGUGGCAUUCACUGCUCUGCCUACCACUGACACGUGGACCCCAGAAGGGCUGCUCAGAUGGGAGCGUGGUCCUCAGACACAAAAAGAUUCCCUAUCCCAGAGCAGAGUAAUGCUGUGCCGGAUAGAUCAGUGGCUUGAUUCCUGGCAAGGUAGCUUCCUGUGUGGAUAAUGGGCCUUGAAAACACAUCAGCAGUACUGAAACUCCCCUUUAAAGCACAGGUCGCUAACCUCGCCCCCUUCCCUCCACCAAUUUGAGCCUUCCAUCAAGAGAGCUUUGCGACAAAUGGUGCAUUUCCGUUGCUUUUUUAUUGCUGCCAUUAUCAUUUCUGCUCUCUGUCGUUUUUCCCGGUCGCUUUUUCUUUUUUAAUUACUUAUUCCGCAGAGGGCUCUUUGGAAGUGUGGCCUGCCUCAGAGGAAAGAGUCGAGACACCAGUCUGGCUGCGGCCGUGGGGCUGGGCCCUCAAAGAUGCAUGCAGACGGGAAGAUGAGAUCAGAGUCUAUACGGCCCCAUUUUUCUCCUCCUUUGAAGGGAAGAGCUCUGGCUCAGUGGCAGAGCAUGCGCUCUGCGUGAGGAGGUUCCCAGAUUCCACCCUUAAUGUCUCCAGGUGGGGCUUGGAAAGAGAACCCCCGCCUAAAAUUCGGGAAAGCUUCUGCCAGACCCUGUAGGCUGUAUACUGUGUUAGGUGAUCUGGUUCAAUAGAAGGCAGCUGUUCCUAUUCAAUCAUUCUUUAGUUCAGAACCAUGAGGACUAGAAUCUUGGCUUUAUUUUUUAACGGAAGAGCUGUAGCUUAGUGAUAGAGGUCCCAGGUUCAGAAGGGGUCUCGGGUUCCCUGGCAUCUCCUGGUAGGGACUGGGAAUGUCCCCUGCCUGAAACCCCGGAGAGCCACACUGCCAGUCAGUGUGGGCAGUACUGGAACCAAUGGUAUGAGGCAGUAUGAUGUAGCUCCCUCUAGCUCCUCCAUUCCUCUUUCCUAGCUAAGGAUCAGAUUUUAAUGAUCGCUCAGCCCCGUAUACUACAUUUUUCAGACCAGUGGCCACCUUCCCUUCUGCACAGCCUUCUGGAGGCCAGAGGCAAAAGUAGGCAGAGAAUGGAUACGGUAGGCUGCAAAGGAGUGUGGUUGUGCAGAAACCUGUGACUAUUCGAGCCCCAGAUGAUGGCUGCAAUUUAAAUGUAUUUUUUCCAUUGUCUCAGGAAAUGUGAAAUGUCUGCCACUAAACUGUAAGUGUGCUGGGGAGUGGGGAAUAAAAUCCCGAGCAAAGAUUUA